ACAGAAACAAUCAAACAAUCCUUGAAAACUUUUGUGUCGUGCAAACUUUACUUCCAACUUAGGCAAUACCAAAAGCCGUAUUAGUGAUGUCGAAGCCCACGACCUGCAAGGAUGCGAUUGCGCUGUGGGAGAAGGCGCACGGGGCGGCGGCGGCGGAGGCGCGCGAGGUGGAGCUGCAGUUCCAGUGGCCCCCCGUGGAGAAGAUGGACGCCGCGCUCUCCACGCUCACCGCUUGCGAGAAACUCAGUUUGUCGUCGAACAUGAUCGAUAAAAUAGCCGGAAUAGCUGGAAUGAAGAAUCUGAAAAUACUUGCUUUAGGAAGAAAUAACAUCAAAUCUAUAGCUGGCAUUGAAACUGUUGCUGAUACACUGGAAGAAUUAUGGAUAAGUUACAACAUAAUAGAUAAGCUGAAAGGGAUAGGGGCUAUGAAACGCCUACGUGUUUUCUAUAUCUCGCACAAUAUGAUCAAAGAAUGGGCAGAGUUUAACCGCUUACAGGACUGCCCAGCCCUGAAAGACAUAAACUUCACGGGCAACCCGCUGUGCGAGGCGCAGGCGGACGUGGAGACGUGGCGCACCCUGGUGGCCGCGCGCCUCAAACAAGUCUCCAAGCUGGACGGCAUACCCAUCGUCAGGGACACCGACUUCCUCAACUAACCCCUCCAUUAACCACCACGUAAUUACAAAUUGUUAUUACCCAACAUCUAACUAUAAUUUGUGAUCAUUAUCUUGAUUCCAAUAAUAAGUCAAUUACAGAAA